UGUGAAUAUUGUACCUUGACUUAAGCACAUACAUAAGUGCUUUUGUACCUACUAAUUCAUACAUGCAUCUGGAAGUCUGGAACCUACCUGGCCAUCUGAAUCCAAUCAUCUGUGGAGGCGCCAAACAGCUGUGUAGUCACUGAUCCUUGUGAUUUUUUAACUGAGGCCGUUAUGAGGUCAACCACUUAACCUUUUUGACUUCAUGAGGAGCCACUUGGUCAAUGGUAAUUGACAACACGUUAUUAGGUGCCAGGGCCACAAAUUGCAUACAGUCGUACUGGCCGACAAUGAGGACCAACGCUGGUACGGCCGUCUGGACGGAGCUAGUGGUGCUGGUGCCAUACCGCGCCAGUCACGUGCCCAAGUACCACGAGUGGAUGCAGUCGGCCGAGCUGCGCCAGCUGACCGCCUCCGAGCCGCUGACCCUCGACCAGGAGUACGCCAUGCAGCAGAGCUGGCUCAAUGAUGACGACAAGUGCACGUUCAUCGUGCUGGACCGGGCGGCGCUGGAGCGGUGCGGCCACCAGCCGGCCGCCAUGGUGGGCGACGUGAACCUCUUCCUGGCGGACGGAGCCGCAGCAGAGGCCGAGGUGAUGAUUGCCGAGCGGUGGGCGCGCGGCGCCGGCCGCGGCAGGCAGGCCGCCGCCGCCAUGCUGCGCUACGGCGUCGAGACGCUCGGCCUAACGCGCUUCGAGGUCAAAAUCGGCUUUGACAACGAGGCCAGCCGUCGGAUGUUCGCCGGGAUGGGGUUCUCGGAGGUGGGACGCAGUGAGGUGUUCCGGGAGGUGACGCUGGAGGUGGCCGUGACAGUCGACUGGAGCCGCCGGCUGCGCCAGCUCACCCCCGGCUACCGGCUGGAGCCGGCGCCCGAGGAGGCCACCGAUGACGGGCCGGGGGCGCCCGUCGACCGAACGGGGGCACCUGACGUUCAGGCGGGGACCGAGAAUGACAGCAAGGAACUGAAGGCAGAUGGGGAGCAGGUGAAGCCUUCGGGCGACGCCACGGCCAGCUGAUGGGACCAGGGGGUGGUCGCCUGCUGAUCUGUGCUCUUUUACAUGUUGAUUUGUAGGUGAUCCCUUUAUUUUCAUUGCCUUUAAUGUAAAUUGUUUGAUUAGAAAUUGCGUCGUUUCAUAUGACUGUGUUGAAUAUGAAUUUGAAGCGUCAUUACUACGUUCCUGUUAGUUACGCAAUGCGACGGUGAACUGCUUUAUAUCGGCUGAAGUUGACAUGCUAGCUAGCUCAUAAAUGCGGGCGUUGUUGCGUGUAGUACCUAUGUGCUACAUUUAAUAAAAGUGAUAUACGGUGGUGUUCAA